AUGUCAAACUCUCAACAUGACAAUUCAAAGACAAUCAACGAGGCCAUACCAAUCGAUGCUCCUCGCAGCAAAGAAGUUGCGAUUGAGGCGACAGCCGUUGUUUCUUUGCCACCAGUAACCCUCCAAGAUGGCGGACUUCGGGCAUGGCUACAAGUCAUUGGAUGUUUCCUUGUCUUCUUCAAUGUCUGGGGCUUUACCUUUGCAUUCGGUCUCUUCCAAAACUAUUACGAGACGUCCUUUUUGAAAACCAGCUCUGCGUCCGACAUCUCUUGGAUCGGAACGGUUGCAUCCUACCUCUUGAUCGUCAUUGGCAUCAUCUCUGGACCAUUGUUUGACCUCGGUCACUACCGCAGUAUGCUUUUUGGAGGUGCUGCAAUGUCGUGCUUGGGGAUAUUCAUGUUGAGCUUGUCAAGCCAGUACUAUCAGAUCAUAUUGACCCAAGGUAUCUGCACUGGUCUGGGCUGUGGUGUUCUCUUCAUCCCCGGCAUGGCACUCGUUAGCCGCUCAUUCAAAACCCGGAGGGCAAUUGCACUUGGUGUUGUGAGUUGUGGCGCUCCAUUUGGGGGCAUCAUUUACACUAUCGUUUUUCAGCAGCUGAUCGACUCCUUGGGUUUCGCUUGGACCGUCAGAGUCAUAGGCUUUAUCAUGCUUGCGUCUUAUCUUCUCGCCUUCCCGCUCUUGCUUUGGGGCGCCACAAAUUUCGGUGAUAUUAGUUCUGGCACCACGCGGAAACUCUUCGAUAGAGCAGCUUUCAAAGAUAUCGGGUUCUGGUUUUAUACCUGGGCAAACUUCUUUUUGUUUACCGGCUAUCUCGUCCCUUUUUUCUAUAUACCCAGCUAUGCACAGUUUGUUCUGGGCACAUCACGAGCCCUCGCGCUGUAUUCGGUUGUAAUUGCGCAAGGAUCUUCGGUGGUGGGACGAAUGAUAGCAUCGACUGCUGCGCUGCACAUCGGCGUGAUGAUUCCUUGGUUGAUAUGCGGCUUCGUCUCCGCCAUUCUUUGCCUCGCCUGGAUAGGCAUUCACAGCAUAGGGGCGUUCUGCGCCUUCACCGCUCUCUACGGCUUCUUCAGUGGCGCGCUCAUUCCACUCCCACCUAGUAUAUUCCCUGUUGUCUGCCCUGAUCCAAAGGUUUUGGGAGCCCGACUCGGUAUGGCUCAAGCAAUCGGCGCCACCGCCUCCCUCAUCGGCAGCCCGAUCGCCGGAGCGCUAGUUGGUGAUGAUGGACGCCAUUAUGUGGGACUACAACUCUUCAGCGGGCUUGUGAUGAUGGUCGGAACUUUGUUUCAGCUAUGCCUUUGGUUCACCUUGGUCAAGAAGAGAGACUGCAAGCUUCUCAUUUGA